AUUAUGAUAAAAAAGUUGAAGCGUUCACUGAUUAAGAAUUAAUUCAGGAAUCCUAUCGCCAGUUGUACAAGGUUUUUCGUGCGAUAAACUCGGAAGGAAGUGGCCAACCAAACCACAAUCAGCGUCUUUGAGAGAUUAUAGCGGGAACAUUCAGUAGUAUAUCGUAAGCGCUUCACAGUGGAGAAUCGGACCUUUUUAAAGUCGAUUCUCAUGUGCGUAUUAAUGUACGCGUAGUUAUCGCAGUUAAUUGAUAGAGGAAGAUACCAUGCCCUUUCGUGAAACGUACGAAAUCAAUAAUCGAGAGGAGGGCAAGGCCGCUCAACGAGAUCAAUCUUACAAAAGCUGUGUCCUCGCCCUGCUCAUUUUCUUUUUCCUAUGUCUCAUCCUUAUUGUCUCCUGCAUACCUUGGAAAAUACAAAAUUUGACGGAUAAUACGCAUGACACGGAUCAGCAUAUCGGAAGACAAGAGUCACAGUAUGGAGAGCAGACAAGACAAAUUCUAUCAACAAGACAAAUAAUUCCAGUUACAACCGUGAUUACUCCAACCACAGCGAAAACGACAGAAAGAUACACCAAUAUUGAAGAAUAUGUCGACGCUACAGAACCGCAUAUUGAGUCUUCUUCUCAAGAUAAGGAUGAAGUGAUUACGCCUCUAGCGAUUGUACCUGAAGAAAAGGCGGAUCAUUAUACAACGAAAAUCCUUCAAUAUACGGAAAAUGCGGACAAAGACAUCGGCUUGACCAUGACACGACAUGAUGUGACUGAUGAUGCCAUCGAUACAACUUUAACGUCAUCAAGUACACAAACGGUCCACAUCACCACGAAACAUCAUGAUGUUGGUAUUAUUAGACCUGUUGUUAAUACAAAAUCUGCGGAAGAGAACACGACUGAUGCAUAUUCCUUGAAUGCGAUUCACAAUACGGUGAAAUCGGAAUCUGUUACUGAAAAUUUUACUGAUUUCGAUAAAUUUGAAACAGCGAAAGUUGACGUAAUAACUGAAGAUACUACAGCUUCAACGACGACGUCGAAUCUUUUCACUGAUCUUGAAGAGAGUACAGAUGUCAAAUAUGUCUCUGAUAAGUAUCAUCAUGAGGAACCACAAUUUACCACCAAUACCAGUAAUCUUACUACUUCAACAUCACCUGCUCGAUCAAUUUUUGAAGAAGAUAGAAAUACUGAAGAGUACUUUACAACGAAGAAUUCAAAUUAUGAGGAAUCUGUGACAUCAGAGAAUCAUAAGAUUAAUGAAACUGUAACGACAGAGAGCUCUUUCGUGGAAAAGAAAUACACUGUACCCGAUGAUGAGAAAACUCCACCAACCAUGGAAAUUAAAAACGUAACUGAAGACUCAAACUCGAGCGCGAAUAGCUACAACACCACCGAGAAAUACGAUGAGCACACGACUUCUGAAUCCGCUAAGAAGUACAGUGUAACUUCGACGAAUAAUUAUACGACCACAGCUGCUUCAUCUGCUUUCUACAACAAUACAACCGUUUCGAUCAUUUCGAGAAACCAAGAUGAAAUGCACAUCUCGACCACGGAGAAUAUCAGACCUUCUGACAAGAAUACAACCGUCUGUGAAACAGGACGCUGCAAGCAAGUCGCCGGCACGAUGUUGUCCUACAUGAAUCACUCGGCUGACCCUUGCGAAGAUUUCUACGAGUACGCUUGCGGUGGCUUCGAAGCGAAUCCGCAGCUUAUAGACGGGGAAACGGUUCUGAGAUCCAGAAAUUAUCAACGAAUCGCCAGAGAAAUGUCGAAAAGGGAAUAUAAGGAUUCGACUUUUGUGACGUACUAUAACAGUUGCGUGCAAUACGAAAAGACUAUGAACUUCAGUGAAAGAGCAAAAAUGGCGAGUGAUGCAUUAAGCAGAAUUGGAGAAUUUCACGUACCUGUCACGCGAUCUGAUAAUUAUGUGGACUUUACUGAAUUGUUCACUAACUUAAUAUUACAUCAUAGUGCUCUUUUAUUCGACGUCGUGCCAGAAUUAGAUGAACAGUAUUCUCCGAAUACUUUCACGCUAAAGAUAGGUCCUGCGAUGUACGAGAAUCCUUUUAUGGGUGAACAUGUGGAGGAUCCAUGCUCUGAAGACGAGUUCGGAACACAAGAACAUUACGUGGAUCUUCAAGCUUUGUAUAACAAUUACAAGAGAUGCAAGAAUGAUACGAGAGAACUUAUGAAAUCCAUUAAAGAAGCGUUAAUAGUCCUUAACAUUUUCAAAAAUGUAAAUGGUAACUACCUAGAAUGGCAUACACAACUUGAGUACAUCGAGAACACUGUUCAUACAAUCGACUCUAUUAUAAUGCAAGAAUACUUUUCGCAAUUUCCAUCCAAAAACGAAAUCCGGGAAAAGUAUUCGAUGAAUGGCUACAGUAAAAUUACUUUAGAAGAAUUGGAAAACAAAUGCGCAUUUAUAAAUUGGACCCAAUUAAUUAAUUCAUUAGGAAUAAAUGAAAUAAAUGAUAAUAUCUAUAUCCACACUGCACUAAUUGAGAGUUUACUGAAACUAGAAGAAUUCAGUAUGAAAGAGCCUAUGAGCCUUAACAACGCGAUAAUGGGGUUGUAUGCGCACAAACUUUAUCGCGAGCUAGUCGUGCCGAGACGUAACAACGUGAAAGAUCAUUGCUUGCAAGUGGCUACCUAUCUCUUGCGAUUGGAAGCGUCUAGUUUAUAUAUCUCGUCCUUUGCUGAUCACGAAAUAAUACAAAUAAAUAAAAUAAUCGAAGAUACGUUCAACGAGCUGAAGCAAACACUAAGGUUGGAAAUGCAGAAAGCGGAAUGGGCUAAAGAAGAAGGGCGAGAACGAUUGCUGGAGAAAAUCGACAGUCUCAAGCUCGCAUUGCCUGCGGUUUCCUAUUUCCAAGACAGAGAUUCGCUAUAUAAGGGAUAUGAUAUGCUGUCGAUAUUUCUGCACGACAAUUAUUUUAACAAUUCGAUGAUUCUAUUAAAAAGAUACAGAACUCUGAUGUACGCCGAAGUAAAAGGACAAGUUGACGAUCCGAAGCAAAUUUGGACGUAUUAUGCAACGCCGUUUCAGUCACAAGCUCGAGCAAUCCGUUAUCUGAAUCUUAACGUGAUCCCUUACGGCAUCAUUGAUUGGUCUCUGAUGAACAGCGAGAUUUCUUUCAACUACUUUAUGUUAGCGACACUUGGGAAUUUAAUAGCUCAUCAAAUCGCUCAUCAUUUCGAUGCAAAUGGUAUAUACUAUUGGAACCAUAUCAAAAAUCCCCAAGAUGCCUUAAUGCAUAAAGACAGUUUUACCAAUAUGAAUUUCGAAGAUUACGUGGAUUGUCAAAAAAACAAUUUGUACCAAGGCCCCAUGAAUAUGACGCUACCAUUCACUGAUCAAGUCGUGUCCUUCACAAUCCCGCAGUCCACUUUGAACGAGCGGUUGUCUGAUAUUGUGGGACUCAGAUUAGCCUACGACACUUUGGUUCGUACGAUGUCGGAUGCGGAAGAGGGACUUCCGUGGAUAAAAUUCCGCACCGAGCAAUUAUUCUAUCUUGCCUACGCUCAGAUGUAUUGUACGAAAAAGCCACUCACAUUGUCGUACGUCUCUCUAUACGAGGGCGAGAACUUACCGAGCCGGAUUCGCAUAUUCGUCUCCGCAUCGAGCAACAAACCCCUCGCCGAAAUGUGGAAUUGCGCGUCGGGUUCGCAGGUCGCGCCCAGCGACGUUUGCAGCGUAUUCCCGUAUUUGGACUUCAAGGAGACCAUCUUCACGAUUGCGCAAUGAGGCUCGUUCGCGGAAAAUACGGAUCGAACAGAACUGCCUGCGAACAUUGCGAUCUGAACGAGAAUCUAGUCGAUCGGCGAGUAUGGAAGCGAAAUUCACGUUCAUUCACUUUACGAAUAAAUUUCUCCAAUACGCAGUCGAUUCGACUUAUACAAUCCAAUCGAAACGAAUCGGACAGAUUUUCCGUUUGUUUCUUUUUUUUUCAUUGUUCCGAGAUUGAAUUAGUUUCGCCGGGCGGCUUUCAGUCGCGCGGCUGCGUUUCUAAUUCAAUCUCAACGGAAAGCAAUGACCACGCGUAUUUCGCUUCUAUAUCUCUCUACAGCAAAUCUUAUUCGUGUGCAAUAAAUAUGCGAAA